AUGGAUUUUAAUGUUAAAAAAUUAGUUAAAGAUGCUGGUGCUGCGCUAAGUCGUGUUGUCCAGUUAACAGAAGAAACACUCGGGACGUCAGAAAAAACGGAGCUUGAUGCACACUUUGAGCAUUUAUCAGAACGUGCUAAUACUACUAAGAUGUGGACCGAAAAAAUUCUACGUAAUAUGGAAGCCAUAAUCGAAGAUUUCUUUUACGAAAAAAUUGACAAGAAGAAACCAAAUCGUUUGAGUAAUUUGGAGUACGUUGGUAUCGAUAUGAUUGAAGCGGGGAAUGAAUUCGGUUCUGGCGUGGCUUAUGGCAGUGCUUUAAUAAAAGUUGGCCAGUGCCAGCAGAAAUUGGGUCAAAUAGAGCGUGAUUUUAUUGGAACGGCGGCUAAUUGUUAUAUUCAACCACUCAGAAAAUUUCUUGAAGGAGAAAUGAAGACCGUCAGCAAAGAAAUGCAUAUUUUAGAAUCCAAAAGGCUUGACUUGGAUGCUUGUAAAAAUCGUGUGAGAAAAGCUAGAAGUAUGCUCGGACAACAGAGUGCAGAGAGGGAGUUGAGAGUUGCGCAGUCAGAGUUCGAUAGACAAGCUGAGAUAACGAAAUUACUAUUAGAAGGAGUCGCAAGCUCGCAAGCUGGACAUUUACGUUGUCUCCAUGAGUUUGUGGAAGCUCAAGCCCGUCAUUAUGCUCAAUGUCAUGCAAUAAUGCAAGAGUUGCAACGUGACUUAGCAGGAACUAAUCAACAGAAUACAGAACCGGUAAAUAAUAGUGAUCAAGAAAAAGCCCGCGUUGUUUGUGAUUACGAACCACGAGAUCCAAGUGAGCUAAAUCUCAUGAAAGAUGAGGUAAUAUGUGUAACAUCUAUCCCAGGAGAUGAAGAUUAUGUUAUGGGAUACCGAGGCUUGCAACGUGGAAAAGUUCCUAAAGCAUAUCUUGAAAUAAUAUCAUUUAACAUGUUUAAUUAA